CUCCCUGGUCUCUGGUCUCUGGACUCCGGUCUCUGGUCUCUGGUCUCGGUAAUCUCUCAUCACUCAGCGCUGUAUCAGACUCCGGUGGAGGUUUUACGGGAUCGUGACUCAGCGGCGCAGUUUUCGCGUGAUGGAUCCUCUGAACCCCACCCGCCUCGCCACCAACCAAUCGGACUUCAGCAGCGUCUUCACGCUGCAGGUGCUGCCGCCGCUCUACCUGGUCAUCUGCAUCAUCGGGGCGUGUCUGAACGGCGUGGCGGCCUGGAUCUUCUUCCGGGUGCCCAGCGACUCGGGCCUGGUGGUCUACCUGAAGAACAUGGUGGUGGCCGACCUCCUCAUGCUCGCCACCUUCCCCUUCAAGCUGGCGGCUCAGCUGGGCCUCGGCGGCUGGCGCCUCCACGUGGUCAUCUGCCGCUACACCUCCGUGCUCUUCUACUCCUCCAUGUACGUGGGGGUCCUCUUCAUGGGCUUCAUCAGCCUCGAGCGCUACGUCAAGAUCGUCCGCCACACCUCCUCCUCGUCCUCCUCCUGCAGGUCCAGGUCGGGCGUGCUGUCCGUGCUGCACCUCCUGCAGGGCGUCGGCUUCGCGCGGGUGCUGGCGCUCCUCACCUGGAGCUUGCUGCUGCUCUGCGUCCUGCCCAACGUGGUGCUGACCAGCCGGCCGGCCGACGAGGGGAACGCGCGGAGCUGCAUGAAGCUGAAGACGGCGCUGGGCGUGCAGUGGCACAAAGUGUCCACCUUCUUCAGCAUCAGCCUGUUCUGGGUGACGCUGCUGGUCCUCGCCUACUGCUACUCCUCCAUCGCCUGCCGCGUGUACCGCUCCUACCGCCGCGUGCGCCGCGACAACAGCGACGUCUGCCGGAAGUCCAACCGCAGCAUCUUCAGCAUCCUGGCGGUGUUCUUCAUCUGCUUCGUGCCGUACCACGUGUGCCGCGUGCCGUACACGCUGAGCCAGAUGCCGGCGUCCGGCUUCAGCAGGGACACGCGUUUCGUGCUGUUCCAGCUGAAGGAGGCGACGCUCUUCCUGUCGGCGCUCAACGUCUGCCUCGACCCCAUCAUCUACUUCCUGAUGUGCCGCACCUUCAGGGAGUCGCUGCUGCGGAAACUGUCGGGGAGGGAGAGGAGGAGGUCCAUAACCACCGCCCAGAGCCUGAGCCACAUCUAGGAGGACGAGGAAGAGGUCCGUCCACUAACAGCAUCCUGAAAUCCAGAAAUGUCCUGAAAUCCAAAAAACGCCCCGAAAUUCUGGAAAUGUCCAAAAAAUCCAGAAACGUCCUA